AUGGUACGAUGCUAUAAUCGUAAAAAUGAGGUAGCCUUGCGUGAAGCAGCGGAGCAUGUCACCUGGACACCUGAAUCCCCGGAGCCCACAGUGGAAGAGAGAUGGUAUAAGAUCCAAAUGGAAGAGGGAGAUGAUGCCGAAGUUUCAGUCGCGAAAAAAGUAAAAAUGAAUGUAGAUGCUCCGGCUUUGAUUAAGGGUGUAGGUAGAACAUCCAUCACAACUGUGAAUCUACCUGGCAGUCGCAGCAAAGUGGGAAUUAUCAGCUCACAAGUGCAAGAACCUGGACGUCCAUUGGCCGAAGCCUAA